AAAGGAAAUCAAAUAAUUAAUUUUUUAAAAACUUUAAUUUAUUUUCCUCUCUCCCGACUUCUACCGGCAGUCGCGAGAUUGAGGUCAAACAGAGAUGGAAAUCGGUGGGAAGCGGCGGCGCGUGGGGAUUCUUUACGACGAGAGGAUGUGUAAUCAUCAGUCUCCAUACGAGGAAUAUCAUCCUGAAAACCCCAGUCGCAUUACUUCAAUUUGGAACAAGCUUAUUGCCAACAACAUUCCUCAAAGAUGUGUAAUUGUGAAUGCUAAAGAAGCAGAAGAUGAGCAUCUUCUUGCAGUUCAUUCGAAGAAUCAUGUUAAUUUGAUUAAAAAUAUAAGUUCCAAAAAGUACGAUUCGCGACGAGAUAGAGUUGCUUCUAAAUUAAAUUCUAUUUAUUUCAAUGAGGGGUCAUCUGAAUCCGCUCUCCUCUCUGCUGGUUCUGUCGUUGAGGUUGCUGAGAGGGUUGCCACAGGGGAGUUGGAUUCUGCUGCUGCUAUUGUUAGACCUCCUGGACAUCACGCUGAACAUGAUGAGGCGAUGGGAUUUUGUCUAUUCAAUAAUGUAGCUGUUGCAACGAGUUUUCUAUUAGAUGGAAAACCAGAAUUGGGUAUUAAAAAGAUUCUGAUUGUUGACUGGGAUGUGCAUCAUGGUAAUGGGACUCAAAAGAUGUUUUGGGAAGACCCUCGUGUUUUGUUCUUCUCUGUUCAUAGACAUGAAUUUGGGUGUUUCUACCCUGCUAAUGAUGAUGGAUUUUAUACAAUGGUUGGAGAAGGACCAGGUGCAGGAUAUAACAUAAAUGUUCCUUGGGAGAAUAGAGGAUGUGGGGAUGCAGAUUAUCUUGCUGUUUGGGAUCAUAUCUUGCUCCCUGUUGCUAAGGAAUUUGACCCUGAUAUGAUUAUAGUAUCUGCAGGAUUGGAUGCAGCUGUUGGUGAUCCACUGGGUGGUUGCCGAAUCACACCAUAUGGAUAUUCAGUAAUGUUAAAAAAGUUGAUGGAUUUUGCCAAUGGAAAGAUUGUGUUGGCAUUAGAAGGAGGUUACAAUCUUGAUUCUAUAGCAAAUUCAUUUCUGGCUUGCAUGGAAGUUUUGCUUGAAAGCAAGCCUAUUGCUGGAUCUAUAGAAUCCUAUCCAUUUGAGUCCACUUGGCGUGUAAUAGAAGCGGUUCGUGAGAAAUUAAGUGCUUACUGGCCAACACUAUCUGACGAAAUACCCUUGAAGUUAACCAGUCAAAGUGCUCCUUCGGCGCUCUCAGUCUCAAGUUCUGAUUCUGAAGAUGAGGAUGGCGAAACUCCAAAUGAUGUUUCGUCAAAUAUGGUAGCGGCUGUUGAGCUUAUCGAACCACUUUUGAAUCUAAAAAUUGAAGACAGACAUGAUCAACUGGUCACAAAGCCUAUUUCUUGGAGAUCAGAGCUGUCAAAGGUGGAUAUAUGGUAUGCUACUUAUGGAUCAAAUAUGUGGAAAUCAAGGUUCCUUUGCUAUAUUCAAGGUGGCCAGGUGGAAGGUAUGAAGAAGCCAUGCUCUGGUUCAAUGGAUACAAGACUACCAAAAGAUAUUUUGUGGAAAACUUUUCCUCACAGAUUAUUGUUUGGUCGUGAAUCUACACUUACAUGGGGUCCAGGAGGCGUUGCUUUCCUUCAUCCUGAAAGAAGCAGUGAUGAAAAAACUCAUAUCUGCUUAUACAGGAUUACAUUAGAGCAGUUCAAUGAUGUUUUACUUCAGGAGAAUGUUUCAAGCUAUGAUAUGAGUUCUCCUGUGAUCGACUUGGCUUCUCUUCAGUCUGUUGUCGAUCAAGGGUCUAUCUCUUUGGAAAUUUUUAAGAAGGGUUGGUACCAUAAUGUAGUAUACCUAGGACAGGAGAAAGAUAUUCCGAUUCUCACAAUGACGUGCUCGCUUCCGCAUAUUGCAAGCUUUAAAUCAAACGAGAUUCCUCUUCGUGCUCCAUGUAAAGAGUAUGCCAAUACCUUAGUUAGAGGUCUGGUGGAAGGAGGACAGCUCUCUGAAGAAGAGGCCAUGGAUUACAUAAAAGAAGCCUCUGCUAGACCAUUAUGAUUAAAACUGUUUAGCUUUAGCAUUUCUUAUUAAAAAUGUUCCGCUGGGGUAGCUUUUGAUUGACGAAAUGCAAUUCAUGUUCCUAAUAGGAAUUUAUUAUUAUGAAUUUAUGGCUGUAGUUACAGAUACUGUUUGUGUGCACAUCGUGCACAGCAGCAUUAGAGCAAAAUAGAAACAAGUUUGGAUCACUUGUGUUGCUGAAUACAGCAAUUACUUUUGUCUAGGGUGUGUCUUCUCAAGAACACUGAGAAGGAAAAGAAUUGCAGUGGCAAUGUGAUUGCUAAAGAAGUCGAAAUUCGAAAUGCGAAUGCAAAUUUAUGCCUCAUUAUAUUUUUUCCAUCAA